AUGGAAUCGUCCUGUCAUAUAGAUGUUUUACGUGGACGAUGUCAAGAACUUCCAGAAACUCGGUCAAAAAUUGUACGUGUCUUUGUUAGUUCAACAUUUUCAGAUACACUUAGCGAACGAGAUUCAUUAAUCGAUAAUGUUUUCCCUAAAUUGAAAGACUAUUGUCGUGAAAAAUACGGUCUCGAAUUUCAAUAUUCGGAUAUGCGAUGGGGAAUUCAAAAUGAAUCAGCCGAUAACCAUAGCGAAGUUGAAACUUGUCUAAAUGAAAUAAAAUUAUGUAAAAAAUAUUCGGUGGCUACCAAUUUUGUGGUUCUAUUAAGUCAUCGUUAUGGUUCACGACCAACACCAGCUACUAUUCAUGCAUCACUAUUUGAACAAUUGCACCAAAUUAUUCGUUCGGACUCGAAUCUAAACGAACAUGCUGAAUUACUUUCUCAAUGGUAUCAACAAGAUACGAAUUGUAUACCGGCUGCUUAUGUACUUCGUUCCAUUUCAUCGAUGUUACCAAAUAUCAAGUCUGAAGAUAUACAAGAGAUGAAAGAAGCAUCAAAACAAUGGACACAAAUUAAUGAUCGUAUUCGAACUUGUUUGCGACAAGCAGCAGCUAAGUGUUUGGAACAAGGUCAAAUUAGUGCAAGUGAAUAUGAUGAUUUUUUCAUAUCAGGUAGAGUCUAUUUGAACAUUCAAUAUUUUUGCAUGACUUUUCAUUCUAUAUCAACAAUCAUAGUCACAGAAAAAGAAAUAGUCAAAGGUAUUCUAUCAGUAUCAGAUGCUAAUCAACGCACAUUGUGUUUUUUACGCGAAAUUGAUGAUAUUUAUGAUCAUCUAUCGGAUAAUAAAGUAUCAAAAUUUAUUGAUUUACAUUAUUCAAAUGAUGGAAAACCUAUUAUCGAUCAUGAAGCUGAACAAUUACUCAAUCGUUUGAAAUAUACACGUAUUCCGAAUGCAUUACAAUCGAACAAUAUCUAUUCCUAUAAAGUACAUUGGAAACCAGAUGGUAUCAAUCGACGUGAUCAUAUCGAAUACAUAGCUCAAUUUAAUGAUGAUUUCUAUAAUGCAAUAAAACAACAAAUUGAUUGCUGUGUCAAAUCUCGUAUUAUGAUUGUUUCAGAUCCAUUACAACAUGAAAUAUUAGAACAUGCUAUACAAUGCAAAACAUACGUAGCUAAAUUUCAUGGACGAGCUGAUGUUCUAGAUAAACUAGAAAAAUAUAUCAAAAAUGAUAAAGAAAAUCGACCAUGUGUUGUUUAUGGAGCAUCUGGUUGUGGUAAAACAAGUGUACUUGCUAAAGCUGCGACCGAAGUAUGUAUAUAA